AUGCUUUCCAUCUUACCUCUGGGAUCGCCAUCAGCUCUACGUCCUGCGAAGGCGUUACAUGUCAGGAAAGACAUCCUAAACUCCUACUACGAGGAGGGAUUCAACUACUCGAAGUCGUUGAAUGGUCAUAAAUCCUGCGUCAACGCUCUAGCUUUCACUAGUGGAGAUGGCCGUCAUAUGGCCAGUGCUGGAGAUGACCGUACCGUACGGCUUUGGGAUCUUCAUCGCGACGAGAUCGCGGUCACAUCCACGUUUUCGGGGCCACGAGGCAACGUCUUUUCACUUGCGUUCUCGGCAUCAAACAAGUACCUCUACUCCGGAGGAGUGGACUGUAAAGUCUUCCGGUACACAUUGGGAGCAAACGAUGGCGCCGCAGAUACUGUCUGGGGGUAUCAUGACGAGGAUGUUCGCGCGGUCACCGCGCAUCCAUAUAAUGACGACGUCCUCCUCAGCUGUGGCGAAGAUGGCAAAGUUAUAUUGUAUGACUCUCGCUCGGAUUUCACUCGCGCGCAAGCGACCCUUCAGCUCAUGUCGGAAGUGACAUGCGUACAGUACAACCCUCAGAUGGACCACGUCUUUGUAACCAGCGACGCGGCGGGUAAGGUCUGCUUGCGCGAUGCGCGCAUGGCCUUCGGGCCAUUAACUUCACGCUCUCAAAGUGGAGCUGUUCAUACGUAUGCGACAACCCUGCAAAAGCCUUCAGGGGCGUAUACCAAGCCCACUGUCAGCAGCGUCGUGUUCGAUGCAGAUGGCUCGAAGCUAUGCGUUACGUCACAGCACUUCUAUCCUACAAUAUACAGCGUUGGAGACACGGCUCCGCUAGCCAUCUGCACAGGUAGGCUAUUUCCGGAUGGGAACCCUCCUCCAGGUGGCGAGCGCACCUAUAGUAACAAUGCCACUAUCAAGCAUGGUUCCUUCGGUGGCCCGGACGGUGCAUACUAUGCUGCUGGCUCUGACGAUUUCCGAGGCUACGUAUGGGGGAUACCUCCAAUACGAGAGUUGCAAGAACAGCGCCAAACUAUUGAUCAAGCAGAAUGGCGUACCAGGGAAAUCAGUCAGGUAGCAGAUUCGGCUUUCUCUGAUACAAAGAGCGACCGCCAAGCACGUUACAUCCCCGUGCAACUGGACCGGCCUGAGUUUCAUCUUCGUGGACAUCAGUCAAUCGUAAACUCUGCUCUUGUUCACCCUCAUCUCCCGCUCAUCGCCACGGCCGGCAUCGAAUCGCACAUCAUGCUUCACUCGCCCACGGCCGGCGUACCAUUCAGUCAAGAGCCACUGGGUGUAACACGUCUAGAUACGCGUCGGCUCCCUCUUGCAUCUCCCGAAGAUAGAGUCGCUAUUCGGCGUAUAUUGAUGGGCAUGGAAGCAUCACCGGAUGAUGAAGACGACUCCGCAGAUCACAUAACCAUCCAGUUGUUCGACGAGAUAUUGCGGACAGAGGGAGGAGACGACGACAAUGGUCCUUUCGACACCGGGCUAUCGUGGCUUUCCGACGACACCGACUGGGACAGCGAGUCUAACUCCGACGACGCAAUGAUGGUGAUUGACAGCGAUGAGGGCUAG